GGCUGUGGACGCCGAAUUCGCGCGCGGGGACUUCCGGCGUGGGUGCCGAGUCCUGCGUAGCUUCUCAGCUGGUUCUUGCGCGACUUUCGGGUCGUGGCUCAGGAAGUCCUGGCGCGGCUGUCCAGGGGGUCGGUGCUUGGCUCUCGGGACCGAGUGAGACCAAGUUGUGGGUUCCGGCUGCGUCCGGGCGGGAGCCGGGCUCCUCGGCCGGAAUUUGGCGCUUUCGGCUCCCGGGGUCCUGCCGGCGCCGCCUUUCUUUGCACUGGGGUCAGGGCGCCGUCCUCACUCGGGCGCACUGGUUUCAGGACCAAAGCGCUCUAGGGUCUGAGGAUGGCGUCGGGCCCGGGCUCCCAGGAACGGGAAGGACUCCUCAUAGUGAAACUGGAGGAUGACUGCGCCUGGAGCCAAGAGCUGCCCCCGCCUGACCCAGGGCCCAGUCCAGAGGCCUCCCACUUGCGCUUCAGGCGGUUUCGCUUCCAAGAUGCCGCUGGUCCCCGGGAAGUCCUCAGCCGGCUUCAGGAGCUUUGCCAUGGGUGGCUGCGGCCUGAGCUGCGCACCAAGGAGCAGAUCCUGGAGCUGCUGGUGCUGGAGCAGUUCCUGACCAUCCUGCCCCAGGAGAUCCAGAGCAGGGUGCAGGAACUGCAUCCGGAGAGCGGCGAGGAAGCGGUGAUCCUAGUGGAAGAUAUGCAGAGAGAGCUUGGGAGACUGAGGCAACAGGUCACAAACCAUGGGCGGGGAACAGAAGUGCUUUUGGAGGAGCCUUUACCUCUGGAAACAGCAGGAGAGUCACCGAGCUUCAAGCUGGAGCCAAUGGAGACUGAGCGAAGCCCUGGCCCCAGGCUGCAGGAGCUGCUAGGCCCCAGCCCCAAAAGGGACCCCCAGGCUGUAAAGGAGAGGGCAUUAUCUACUCCCUGGCUUUCUCUCUUUCCUCCUGAAGGGAACAUGGAAGACAAGCAGAUGGCUGGGCCCCAGUUGCCUGAGAGCUUAGAGGACGUGGCAGUGUACAUCUCCCAGGAGGAGUGGGUACAUCAGGAUCCUAGUAAGAGGGCCCUCUCCAGGGACACGGUGCAGGAGAGUUAUGAGAAUGUGGACUCACUGGGGUCUAACAUUCCUGGUCAGGAGGGCCUAAGCACCCAGGUUGAACAAGGAGGAAAGCAAUGGGACUCCAGAGUCCAAAGCUGCAAGGAGGGCCUGAGCCCCAGAAGCCCCACUCCAGGAGAAAAGAAAUUGGAGAAUCCAGAAGAAAGUGCUCAGUGUGUUUUCCUUGAAAAUAUCCACUCUCAAGCUUUGUUCCCUGCCCAGGCCAGAGGGGAGGUACCCUGGAGUCCUGAGCAGGGAAGACCUCAGGACCGGGCAGAAGGGCAUUGGGAGCCUCCUGCAGAGGAUCGAAUGGCGUCGUCCUUAGUGGGCGCCCCAAGUGGCAAAGACCUGGGUCGACCAAAGGAACUACAGCCAAAGAAACUCCACUUGUGUCCCCUGUGCGGCAAAAAUUUCUCCAAUAACUCAAACCUAAUUAGGCAUCAGAGAAUACACGCAGCAGAACGGCUGUGUGGGGGAGUAGAGCACGGCGAGAUCUUUGGUGGGAACCCACACUUUCUGUCACUGCACAGAGCACACCUAGGGGAUGAGGCCCAUAAGUGCCUUGAGUGUGGGAAAUGCUUCAGUCAAAACACCCACCUGACUCGCCAUCAGCGCACCCACACAGGUGAGAAGCCCUAUCAGUGCAACGUGUGUGGAAAAAGCUUCUCUUGUAACUCCAACCUCCAUCGGCACCAGAGAACACACACAGGGGAGAAGCCCUACAAGUGCCCCGAGUGUGGGGAGAUCUUUGCUCACAGCUCCAAUCUCCUUCGACAUCAGAGAAUUCACACUGGAGAGAGGCCAUAUAAGUGUCUCGAAUGUGGGAAAAGUUUCUCUCGAAGCUCACACCUUGUCAUACACGAAAGAACUCAUGAGAAGGAGAGACUUUAUCCCUUCUCUGAGUGUCGGGAAGCCAUGAACGACAGCACCACCUUUCUCACAAACCAUGGAACCCACAAGGCAGAGAAGAAACUCUUUGAAUGUUUGACUUGUGGGAAAAGCUUCCGGCAGGGUAUGCACCUCACUAGACAUCAGAGAACGCACACAGGAGAGAAGCCAUAUAAAUGUACACUGUGUGGAGAAAACUUCUCUCACAGAUCCAACCUAAUCAGGCAUCAGAGAAUUCACACGGGAGAAAAACCCUAUACCUGUCAUGAGUGUGGAGACAGUUUCUCUCACAGCUCCAAUCGGAUUCGUCACCUGAGAACACAUACAGGAGAGAGACCCUAUAAAUGUUUGGAAUGUGGAGAAAGCUUCUCUCGGAGUUCACGCCUUACGAGCCAUCAGAGAACACACACCGGUUAGGAACAAUGGGAUUUCUCUCUGCCCUGCAACCAGGUGACCCCUGUGUUAUGCAGGUAAUUGAUACAGAGAAGUGGGAGGCAUGUUAUGAGAGAGGUGCAGGCAGCAGAGGGUUAGCAUAAAACUUAAGGAGUGCUGCCUGCACUUGAAAAGAUGCGUUUUGGAGGUGACCUGUUCAGGCAGGAAUUCUCUUAAGUUUUUCCUGUUCCAAGAUAUACCCACCCUCUUGGUAUAUUUAGCCAAGGUGUGAUUUGAGUGUCUUACUGUGUCCAGUGUUUAAUCCUGUAACUUGGGGAGUCCAUGUGAUUGUCCUGUUACUGCUUCCUCACUUGGGGCAUUUAGCAGGAGCAGUUGGGUUCCUGGGGCCCUUGAGAUCAAAGAAGAGUGGCCAAGUCUCCUGGGGAGCCAGGUGGAGGUCAACAAAAGAGUGGCUAUGAGUUCUUCCUCUCCCCAAGGCUGUGGUUGAGAAGCCCUGGGCAGUCCAGGUCAGCCAUCACAACAUCCCUCCAUGAUCUGAUAGGAGUACCCACUGAUAGACCAUAUGUUUAAGUGUAACCUCAGACAAAAAGGAACCAGAGGUAUAAGGGAAAUAAGGUGGAAUUUGUAGGAAAGCACAGAAAUGGCAGAGGAAAUGAGAGUCUGAUUUGUCUACUCUUUACAGAAACAGACUUUCCCCACCUGUAUCCAAAAACACAUAAAUAGAGCUCUGAAGGCUUAUUCCUGGGUAGAGUUCCAUGAAAGAUGGAUUCCCUGGGAAACUGAAAAAAUAAGUCCGAAGGGAAUUAGGGAUUAUGUCCUUCCCUACUGAAAAUGUUUGGAUGGUAAUAAAUAUCUUUAGGAAA